AUGGAUCCAUUUAGUGAACCUUGUGGCUUUCAAAAUCUCCUAAACAGUCAACAACCAAACCCCUCCUUCUCCUACCUCUCUCGUGAACCAAGUAUUGAAGUCUCUGGAUGGCCUGAAGAUGCAAACGAAGAUGAAGUCAUCUUGUCUGACCGUAAAGAAAGGCGGAAAUGGUCACCAACUGAAGAUAAGGUGCUCAUUUCUGCUUGGUUAAACACGUCCAAAGAUCCUGUCGUGGAAAAUGAGCAGAAAGCAAUUGCGUUUUGGAAACGAAUUGCUGCUUAUUUUGGUUCAAGUCCACAGCUUGCCGGUUACCAAAAGAGAGACAAAACUUGCUGUAAAUCGAGGUGGGGGAAGAUUAAUGAGGGUGUGUGCAAGUUUGUUGGUUGCUAUGAUGCUGCAACCAAACAAAAAUCGAGUGGCCAGAGUGAGGAUGAUGUACUGAAGAUGGCUCAUGACAUUUUCUUCAAUGAUUAUAAGAGCAAAUUCACACUUGAGCAUGCAUGGUUGGAGUUGAGGCAUGAUCAAAAAUGGUGUGGAGGUCUGGCGAGUAAAGAGAAUGUGAGCUCUAAGAGAAGAAAGCUUGAUGAUCAAUCACCACAGUCAUCAACGUCAGUGCCAUGUAGCCUUGGAGGAGAUGAACCAACGGCUCGGCCUGCUGGUGUCAAAGCUGCGAAGGGCAAAAGUAAAGCGGCUGUGAGUAAGGGUAAGACUUCUGAAGCAGAAGGGAAGUUGUGUGUUGACUUUCAGAACAUGUGGGAGAUCAAGCAAAAGGAUUUUGUAUUGAGAGACAAGCUUAACAAGCAGAAAUUGCUCGACUCCCUAAUUACCAAGACAGAGCCAUUAACUGAACCAGAGAUUGCUUUGAAAAAUAAGCUCAUUAAUGAUAUGUUGGCUUCUUAG